AUGAGCCAUACUAAUACUAAGAAGAAGCACAAACGGCAUCAUCAUCACUCGGAUGACGAGGAAGAAGAGAAACUUUGCAAACAUCAUCGAUCCAAAACUACCGAUCAAACUAUUGAAGAGCCUGCCAUUGAUCCAUCGUUUGAUUGGCUUGGUCGACGAGAUUAUCUCACUGAAUCAUAUCUUGUUAACAAUGCGAUGUUCGACUCUCCUGCGAACGUCGACGACUUCUGGAAAUUUGUACAAAAAUAUCAAUUAUUCCAGCAACGGCGACAACAACCGCCUAAGCCCAUACCGUCUGAUGCUGAUCAACAGCGCUCAAGCAUAUUGAAUUUACCUUUAGUCUAUGAAAAACGCCAUCGUUUGAAUGCUACGAUAUCUUUCAAUAAGUCAGUUACACAUCUUGAUCCACGUUAUGACAUGACCGGUGAAAGAGUUGUUGAACAUCGUCGCCUAUCUUCAGUUCGAUUAGCAGAGUUUAAAACGAUAAUCGAAUAUUAUUUCGAUCUGAAUCAAAAAGAAAAGUUCAAACGUAUUCACAAACUUCGACAUGAUCAAGGACAUUUGCCUAUUGCAAAUCAUCGUCGAGAAAUUCUUGAACAAUUGAAAGUUCAUCAAGUCAUUUUAGUAGCUGGUGACACUGGUUGUGGAAAGUCAACACAGAUUCCGAGAUUUCUACUCGAAGCAGGGUUUGAUAAAAUAGCCUGUACACAACCACGACGAAUUGCCUGCAUUUCAUUAGCAAAACGCGUUAGUUAUGAAACAUUGAAUGAAUACGAUAAUCAAGUUGGAUACCAGGUUCGUUUCGAGAAAACGCGACAGAAAUCAACUCGGAUCAUCUUCAUGACUGAAGGUAUUCUGCUACGACAGCUCCAGGGUGAUUCAUCAUUAUCUGAUUAUGAUAUAUUGGUUAUCGAUGAAGUGCACGAACGACAUUUAUUUACUGAUUUCAUCAUGGGUAUUCUGAAAUGUUUAAUUACACAGAGAAGAGACUUGAAAAUUAUCCUAAUGUCGGCCACAAUUAACAUUGGAUUAUUCUCAACUUACUUCGACAAUUGUCCAGUGGUUAAAGUUCCUGGACGUCUGUACAAAAUUCAAGUUAAUUAUCAUCCGAUCAAAGUCGAAGAAUCUGCUAGUAAAAGCUCGAAAAUUGACGCAAAACCUUAUCUGCGUAUUAUAGAACAAAUCGAUGCAAAGUAUUCAUCAACUGAUCGCGGUGAUAUGCUCAUAUUUCUGAGUGGUAUGGCUGAAAUUCAAGGAGUAAUGGAAGCCGCUCAAUCCUAUGCACAGGAAACUCAACGCUGGAUUGUCCUUCCCUUGCAUAGUGCACUUUCACUUGAAGAACAAGACAAAGUAUUCGAUAUGCCACCGGAAGGUGUUCGCAAAUGUAUUAUAGCUACAAAUAUAGCUGAGACAUCAGUUACCAUCGAUGGUGUGCGUUUUAUCAUCGAUUCGGGAAAAGUGAAGGAAAUGUCAUACGAUGCUAAAUACAAAAUGCAACGUCUACAAGAAUUUAAUAUUAGUCGUGCCAGUGCUGAACAGCGCAAAGGUCGUGCUGGACGUACAGGACCUGGCGUGUGUUUUCGCUUAUAUAGCGAGCAAGAUUAUUUGACUUUUCAAGAAUACUCAACACCAGAAAUACGUCGAGUACCACUUGAUUCAUUGAUGUUACAAAUGAUUUCCAUGGGUCUGAAAGAUCCAAGAAAGUUUCCAUUUGUUGAGCCACCAGAUAUGGUAGCUAUUGAUAGUGCUUUACUUCGUCUGCAAGAACAAGCAGCUCUAUCAACGAUUGAUUGUUCAUUGACUGCGAUCGGUUCCAUGCUCGCCCGAUUACCUGUGGAUGUAUCGAUCGGGAAAAUGCUUAUUUUCGCGUGUAUCUUUCAAUAUGUAAAUUCAAUGUUAAUCAUGGCGUCAGCAUUGAGUAUUCAAUCACCAUUUCUCAGUUUCCUUCAAUGUGAUCCGGAGACAAAUACACGGCGUCGGCCGAUGAUGUCGAGUCACGGCGAUCCAUUUACUCUGCUCAAUCUAUUCGAUGAAUGGAUUCAUGUCAAGUCUGACGGACAGAAUACGCGUACGUGGUGCAAACGACGAGGCGUGGAAGAACAACGUCUGUAUGAUAUUACGAAGCUUCGUCGCCAAUUUCAAGAUAUUCUUCGCGAUUACAAUCUGGAAAUUGACUAUCGACAAACGAAAACACGCACAACAUUAGAAAAACGUGAACAUUGGAGAAAAACGCAAGAAUUGAAAGACCUCAAAUCUCAGCAGGAUAAAGAAUCGAAAUAUCGAAAAGUUUUGAAAUUAGAAGAUUCUUCAAUAACAAGUUCAAUGAAUGAUGAUCAUGGCGAUGAUUAUACGAAAAAGGAAGUCAUAAAAACAAGUGAUAAAAUUCGUGAUAUUGAAUUUCGAUUAAUCAAUGAUAUAACCGCACUGAAGGAAAUGUCCACAGACAGUCAAAACUAUCGUACAAAAGAUAUCAAUAUGCUGAAGUUAAUCCUUUGCUCUGGUCUGUAUCCACAAGUUGCUAUUGCCGACGAAUUCAAUAAUUACAAACGAGAUUGUGAUCAAUUCUUCCAUACAAAAACAAAACAAUUCGUAGUUCUUCAUCCCACAAGCGUGUUUACCUAUGAUCCCGACACUCUCCUCCCACCUACUCCGUCGAAAACAGUCACAAGUUCUAAUAACAAAAAACAAACUUUAAGUAAUCAACAUGAACUUCUCGUUUAUGUUACAUUGAUCGAAACGAACAAGCCCUACAUAAUGAAUGUCAUGCGCACACCAGCGAUGCAAACAUUGUUUCUCUACGCUUCGACGUUGGAAACGAACAAUGAUUUCACUCAGGUGCUCUGUGAUCAAUGGCUCGAAAUCACUUUUGAAAGUUCAGAAGCAGCACAAAGUAUAAUUUCAUCGGUUUUACUAUUGCGAAAUGCUCGAGAACUUUUACUUCAAUUAACUUUACAAGACAUAAAUAAAUCAGCCGAUAUAGAACUUGUGUCAAGACCACGCACAUACGAAUUACAACAUUUACUUUCCAGAAAGAUGACGGAAUUUCUUGACAAUUCCUGUCUGUAUGCAAUACGUCGAGUCUUAACCGCUGAAUUAGAGACAAUCUAUCGACGUAGUUCUCAAGAAAAUGAUGAUGAUGACGAUAAAGAUGCCAUACAAGAAAGUACUAAAAUUAAUGAAUAUUUAACUUAUAAUUGUCUCCGAUCGCAUGAUGAUCAAGAAUCAUUCUGGUCUGAGUAUGCCGGUGCAACGAUGCAAAAACAUUGGACGUGCCCUUACUGCAAUGAAGACAUUCUCGUCACUGUUGCCGAACGUAUUGCGCAUGAGAAUCAAUGCCAAUUAAAUUCUUUACGCAAUGACGACAAUCCCAUCUUGAAAUCAUCUGGGUCCAAAGCAGGAAAAGAUGACCUUUUGAGUAAUUUGACAGCAUUAACUCGUACAACAUCAACGCCUGUUCCAACAGCAAAAGACUAUUAUUGUGAAAUAUGUGCACAGACAAUAAAGUUGACAAGUAUUGAAAUUCUACGACACCGUGCGACACAUCAAAACUGA